AAAAAAACGCUGCCAGCCCGUCUGUGGUCGCAGUGCUGCACGGCCCAUAUGUGUCGCGGCUUGCGGGGCUCCGGCCAAGAGCGCGGCGGAACUGCUCGAGCGAAAUCGAAAGCAAAAUCAGGGACAAAUCGAACGCAAGGAAGGCCCGAAGAAGAUGGCGAUGGCAGCGCCAUUGGCGAAGGUGGUCCGCGGCGGGUGUUCUGCCGCCGCCUCCCGGGCGCUUCUUCCGGCGAUCCUCCGGCAUCUGGGAUCAUCUCCGGCCGCCUCAGCUGCCGGCGUGGGUCGUCUGAUGCACACGGGUCUCUUCAGGACACCUGGAGUUCGCUCUCAAGAACAACUCAUUAGAAUGAACCAGUUCGGUGGCAAGAGGUUCAUGAGCAGUGAGCCGCCUGUUGGUGGUAGAACACCCCGCUCGUAUAUUGCUCUAGGUGCUUCUGGUGCUGCAUGUAUCAUUGUGAUGCUUUCCGUCCACCUGAAGCGAUGAUGCUCUCUCUUAAUGAGUAUUAUGCUCAAGAAGUGUGUAUUGGCUUGCCUUGUUUAGUUGUGCAACUGUGUAACUUAUCUACCUUGUGGGCUAUCAGGCUUCCUAGGCAAGCCUGUUAAAUUAUUAAAUUAUGUUUUAUUGGUUCGCGAAUUUCGUAAUCUAUCUGUUAUAAGCAUGUUAACCCUGUGCCCAGUUGAUGGAAUGGUCUUCAAUUGUUUGAA